CUGUAGCUACACGGUCCUCUCACAUCCCGUUAUUUUCUUUGGAAGCUAGUGCAUAGUGUUACCCGGCAAAAACUCUUGGUUAUAUUAGGAUAAGAAAAAAAAAAUUAUUUCAUGGAUUUUUUAAAUUUUUAUUAUUUUGUCGCUGCUGUUUAAAUAAAUGACGCCAUUAUCGAAGGACAGGAAUGUGGGCGAAGUUGCGCGAAACACUAAAUGGGGAGUGGCAGGCCCCCCUGUCUCCUUGUUGAAGCGUCCUGGUGGAGCAUCUCAGCCUUGGCCCUUACACCCACAGCAGGUGGAGCGGCUACACAGGUCCCACCUCCUCUCCUCUCAUGUCCCACUCUUCCACACACGGCAUGCAGAGGAAAGUGCCGAGAGGCCUCACUUGGUCACUAUUGUACGGCCAUGUGGUCAAAGUGGACUACGGAAGGUGACUGUGCUGCUGAACAGGAGGGCGGUGGUGUCCUUUGAGCAGCUGCUCCUGGAUAUCUCCGAAGCAUUGGGGUUUCCACAAUGGCACAGGGGAAGAGUGACACGUCUGUUCACAACACAUGCUCGAGAGGUAAAGGGAGUGUGUGAUUUCUUCUGUGGGGAGGUGGCUUUCUUGGCUCUCGGUAAGACCCGCCCUGAGUUGCACAGUGUGCAGAACGCUCUUGAGGAACUUUUCCCAGAAGCCUCCCAUUACCGUGCAGAUGCUCUGCGGGUCUGGGAGAAGAAACUCCGGCCAGCCCCAGAUAAAGCUGCCAAAGCAGACAGCGGAUACAGCGAGGAGACAGAAAACACUGGGAAUUUAGAGAAAGAGACACUGCCAGACACUCAUAAUGCCCAAGCAUCUCAACAUCUACACAAACACCAGAAAGGACGCUAUAUUCCUGACCCCCAGAAUUCUAAUAAGAAGAAUUCCUGCAACAAACCUGUUCAGCUUCCCAACAACCUGCAGAAAUUACGUGUUAGGGGAGGACUCAAAGAGAGAAAGCUUUCUAUUAUUGGUCCAUUAAAACAUAAUGAAGUUUUGAAAGACACAAAUAUACCAUCUCCUAUAUUGUGUGAAAGCUGCUUAGUGACAAAAUCAAAACCUCUGGCUCCAGGACUGAUUAGCACUCUAUCAGGAUGGGCUCCUCUUCCGCCUGUGUCAAAGAAACAGAAAGAGGCGAAACAGUCAGAUGUUUGUAAGUCCCCCCCACCUCCUCCAGUCAGCACUGACAAGGAGCAGAGCUCUGUACCAUCACAGCCUUUAGCUCCAGCUCCUUCAGUACACACAGAACCCCCAGUCACAGACACCUACAUCCUCCCAGAUGACAGGGAUCUCACCUUGUCCGACAUUGAGCGCUGCUAUGAAAUCGGACGUCUGGUUGGAGAUGGGAACUUCGCUGUUGUACGGGAGUGCCGGCGUCGUGACGACGGCCAACCUGUUGCCCUGAAGAUUGUGGAACGCUCCAAGCUGAUUGGUCGGGAGCACAUGAUGCAGAAUGAGCUCAGCCUCCUAGGUAGUCUGAGACACCCCCGUAUAGUGAGGCUGCUGGCCCACCACCAUACCCGUACGCACUCCUACCUGGUGAUGGAGCUGGUGAGCGGAGGAGAUCUGUUCGAGGCCAUCACUGACAGAGGGAAGUUUUCAGAGGCUGAGGCUGGACUGAUGGUUUUGGAUGUGAGCGAAGCGCUAAGCUACAUCCACUGCAGGAGCAUCGUCCACAGGGACCUAAAACCUGAGAAUUUAUUGAUAGAGAAAGUAACUGCUGGCAUGGAUCGGCUGAAGUUGGCAGACUUUGGCCUGGCAAUGGUGGUAACAGAACCAGUCUUCACCAUUUGUGGAACACCAACAUAUGUGGCCCCAGAGAUCCUCUGUGAGACAGGGUAUGGAUUAACAGUGGAUGUUUGGGCUCUGGGGGUGAUUCUCUAUAUCCUGCUGUGUGGCUUUGCCCCAUUUCGCAGCCGGGAUCGGGAUCAAGAGGAGCUCUUUAACCUUAUAAAACAGGCAGAGCUUCAAUUCCCUUCGCCCUACUGGGACUCUAUCUCAGAAGAUGCCACAGGUCUUGUCAGAUCUCUGCUCACACCCGAUCCCACAUUAAGGCUGACAGCAGAGCAGACCCUACAGCACCACUGGGUGAAGACUAUGGCUUCAGCCUGCAGCCAGAGGGCACUCUCUGGCAAAACUAAAGGAAAUCGAGUAGCUUAUAAAAAAGUAAUGCAGGGAGUGGAGAGACAAACUCCAGCAAACACUGCACAAUCACUGACAAACCAAACAGCCGGACACCCUGGCACUGAGACGGAAAUAACCUUCAAGAGACAUAAUGAAUUUACAAAAAGAGGCCAAGAUCAGAACACAAAUCCACUGGUUCAAUAUGAAGACAACAGCUGCAUAGACAUUGAAGCUUCCAAGAAGAGAGAGCAAACACCUUUAGCUGAUACACGUCGUCAAGAGAAACCAGAAACAGUCUCUGCAGAGCAGCAGAAAGGCAGAGCAGCGACUCCUCCACAACUGAAAACAAGCCUUCAUCCCAGAUUAAACUGCAGUCCAAACAGAACAGAGAACAGUAAACCAACAGAUUCAGGAUCUCUAACCAAACACCAGGAAUGGUAAACUGCCAACAGCAUCAUACUCCAUCACCAAGACCAGAGGCUAAGUGUUUGGCUAUCCAGCAGCUCUACACCUCACAUUAAACGACACUGAGUCACCACAAACAGACGACUCUAAAGCACAAUAAGGCCAAUGGUCUAAACAUUCAAGCCCUGUCAUGAGCGGGAUUUCUAUCUGUUUGAUUGUGUGAUUAGAUCAGGACAAUCUUUCUUUGUUACAAACAAUAGCCUUGAUUUUAUUUUCACAGUUGAAGCUUUGGACGAAUGAAUAAAGUCUGAUUGAUGAGAUCAAUGUUUAUACCAUUUGUUCUCCGUUUAGGAAUUAAUCAUGGGAUGUUGUUUAACGGCUGAGUCUCUGUCCAAACUUGCAAAUUUAGUCCGUAAACAUGAAGCAUGUUAACUUGUGUUGUGAUAACAUUUUCAAGUAUUAUUCUUACAUAUUUUACAUUUAUAGAGACAUAAAAGUGCAACCUAAUAGAUGUUAUUUUAAAAGCGCUUUAUUUUAGGAUUAUUACUUCUAAAUUGAAAACAUAAAUUCUACUAAAGCGUCCUUUACCAAGGGUUUGUUUUUUAUGUCGUGACAUUAAAGUACUACUGGUUUGACUUUGUCCAAAUUACACUGGUAAUGUUAAACUAAAUGUGUAGUAAGAUAUUGUAAACAACGCUGACUGUUGGAACAGGCUCUGAACACAUUGAGCCACUGGGUUGCAUACCUAGGGGGGGUAUUGCUCUCCUGCCAUUCCACACAGACCAAAUAGGGCAUAUCUCUCUAUCCAAUGAGGACUGGUUAAUCCUGUCCCUCCGACUGCAGACAGCUGACAUUCUGACAUCCUGCCCCACCCAGCCAAAAGCACUUUCACAACCCCCCUCAUACCCAGGCCAUUAGACUUCCGGAGUCUUUGUGGUUUCGGUACCAUAUAUAGACUAUGUAAGGGACAUUGGUAGUGAAUGAUAAAGCUUUUCAAUGCCUAUAGUAUGCCAAGUAUCAGUGCUAUCCUGCUUUUCUAGUUAGAUCUUUCAUGCAUCAUCAAACCAUGCAUGCACAGAAUUCCUUAAAGUUAGUCAAACCAGUUUAAAAGACUGUUAUAAGCCCUUCAAAUGUGCAAUCCACACACUGAAACAUUAGAAAUCUGAUUUGGUUGUAUGUUUAGCAGCUUGUUGAAAGCAAUCCCUCACUAGCCUCAUCA